GUGCAUGCAUGCUACAGUGACAAAACGAAGAGCAGACAACUAUUGCAAUAGAUCCUAGUAUUUUGGAGGAAUUCAAUUCAUAAACAGCUACACUUUAUGCAAAAAAUUCACUGAAGUCCAAACGUGCGCGUGGGUGAAACCAAAGUGUGGAUAGACUCAACGUCAUUAAACGCCAUCUGCACUUCCUGGUGCUUUACUCAGGGAUCACUACCAAGGGAACCGAAACGGCAAGUAGCUCGUCAGUGGGAAGCGAGCGAGCGUGCGUGACGACAUAUCGCGAAAUGCCUUGGUACAUGCGACCGUGCGUCAGGUAACGGUCAAACUAAAAGGUACGCGAGGAUUUUGCGUUUUUACUUCCCGCCUUGUGUGCGCGAGCUGCUGCUGACGCGAUGCUGUAGCCAUGGACAGCAGGUUAAAAGAGAAUCCUACAAGGACUUUUGAUUUGCUGCUACAGGUUGCGUGUCCAUCGUCCGAAAAUGAAGAUCCGACAGUGCUGUGGAAGUUCCCUCAGGACUUCGGAGACCAGGAUGUCCUGCAGACAGUGCCAAAGUUUUGCUUCCCGUUCGACAUGGAAAGAGUGUCUCAGACUCAGGUGGGCCAGAACUUCACAUUUGUGCUCACGGACAUCGAAAGCAAGCAGAGGUUUGGUUUCUGUCGAUUGACCUCCGGCUGCAGGGUCUGCAUCUGUUUGCUGAGCUAUCUCCCAUGGUUUGAGAUAUACUAUAAGCUGCUAAAUACUCUUGCAGACUACUUAUUAAAACACCAGGAAGAUGACUUGAAUGACAUGUUGGAAACGCUGCACAACCAACCCGUGCCAAAGCCGAACACGCCAGUAAAUCUGAGUGUGCAUUCAUGCUUCAUAGCUCCGGAUAUUAACAGACUACCCACCAUACCUGAAAGUCGAAAUUUAACGGAGUACUUUGUAGCAGUGGAUGUGAACAACAUGUUGCACCUCUUUGCCAGCAUGCUGCAUGAGCGACGCAUCAUCAUUACCUCAAGCAAGCUUAGCACUUUAACUGCAUGCGUGCAUGGAUCCACCGCUCUGCUUUACCCCAUGCACUGGCAGCACAUCUUCAUCCCUGUUCUUCCUCCUCACCUGCUAGACUACUGCUGCGCGCCCAUGCCAUAUCUGAUCGGAGUUCAUCUCAGCCUUUUAGAGCGAGUGAAGAGCAGGUCUCUCGAGGACGUGGUCAUUCUGAACGUGGACACAAACACCCUGGAAAGCCCUACGGACGACUUGCACAAUCUGCCCAGUGACGUGGUCUCCAGUCUGAAGAGUAAGCUGAAAAAGCAGUCGACUGCUACAGGCAGCGGCGUGGCUCGGGCCUUCCUGCACGCUCAGGCUGCACUGUUCGGCUCGUACCGGGAUGCCCUGAGAUACAAACCUCAAGAACAGUGGAAGAGAUGCACACAUCUGAUGGGUUUUGAGCCACCCCCACUAGCUGUCGUGAAGUUACAUGAACAAGUACAAAAAACGGGAGAACCAAUCAUCUUCUGCGAGAAGAGCUUUGUGGCGCACCGCUCCAGCACCAUGAGAGCUUUCCUUGAGAUGGCCGUGAACUUGCAGCUCUUUAAGCAGUUCAUUGAAGACAGACUGGCCAAAUUAAACGCAGGAAGGGGCUUUACAGACGUCUAUGAAGAGGAGAUCACAGAGGGGGGCUUCUGUAAAAGUAAUUCAAGAUCUUAUCAACAGUGGAUUCACACCAAGAUGCGGCAGAGGGCAAAGCCAGUUGUGAAAAACCUUCAGUUGGCCAAAAAUCACGCCAAACGGAAAAUACGUGACAUGAAGGACAAGAUCACACAAAAGGAUGCUGAAGAAGAGGAAAGCCCAUACUGCGCAGGUUCUCCCACCAGCACUAAAAGCCUCUCGCCCAGGAGGCUUCAGAAGAAAGAGCAUCACAAUACAAAAUCACCUCCAAACUUGACUCUCAGCUAUCCAGACGGUUACAGUAACAAUGACGACACAGCCAGCAGAGUAUCAUCUGAGGAUAGCGGUGGGGUGCCGUCAUACAAUGAAGACAGUGAGGAUUCUGAAUUGGAGCCGGAUUGUGGCCAAAAAGGUCAGAUGAACCUGCUGGAGGAGAUACUGGAUUCUCUCAGCACGUCCCACAUAGAGCAGGGGAGACUCUCCGCAGCCAAGAGCCUGGACUUCUUCAGAUCUAACGAAGACCUUGACUUUGCUCCCACAAAACACUGCAAGUCCCCAUCAGCAAGCAGCGCCAUUCAGGUCGGUUGCGAAUUAGGAAACGGAGAUCAAGGUGAGUGGAACAUGGGUCAAGAUGACAGCGCCGUCAACGGCAAACAUCUCCCACCUUCGCCCCGACGCCAACCCAGCUCGCGUUCCCUUCCCAUCCAUCCUCCCCUAACUAAUGAAGAUUUCUUCGAGCUUCCCCUGAGGAACUCUUUCCCUGAAGUACCCGUAGUUUUGCUCUCUGAACCUUCUGAGGUGGACACCACAAGCUCUCCUACUCUCAACUCGAACACCCAGCUGACCCCUGACCGUCAGCGUCCAACAGGUUGCAGCCUCUCACGGCAGAGGGUCUUUUCCAAAAAGAACCAAAGGCCAUACCAGGACAACAGCCAGCAGCGGACAGCAGGACCCAGAAGCAGGCAGCUUUCCAUGCUUAUACCUUGGGAGAUGGAAAACGUGCAACACGCAGAAAACACACAGGACGAGGAGAUCGAGGAGAAAGGCUUGCUUGAGGAGAUCGAGUCGAUGUGUCGUCUCAGCAUGGCGAUUCCGAACGACCUGGCGCUUACGCAGGUACAGAAAAACACCAGCUUGGAUUAGUCCUCAGUAUAUCACAAAACACUCCCAAGUGCGUUUUUUAGAAACGCUCUCAUUUGACUUCACACCAGCAGUCUGUUUGCAUGAAGUUUAAGGUAUUUUUGUAGUCAUUGUGAAUAGAUGGGUCCUCUUAUUUUCACAUUCAAUUCUAAAUGGUCACUUUUAAAAUGGCUGCAUGGAAAGACAAUUGGUUUACAGGGAUUUUUAACAACAUGCAUCCCGUUAUAUUUAUUGUAGCUGUAUUCCAAUUAUAUAACGUUCAAUGAUUUGCACUUGAACGAGAACUUUUCAAUCUAUUUAGAUAAAUCACUGUGGAUUCUCUCUACAUAUAUUUUACUAAAUCGUACAAAGUAUUUAAACCGAGAACUAAUUUGCGCUUAAUAUGAUGCCUUAAAAAGUUUUUGUUUCGCUUCACGGUAUUUUUAGUCUGUGACUGUAGUUGGCUUGCCCGCUACCGUCACAACUACAUGCAUGUAAAGCAUCGUAAAGAUGAGAUAUUUAUAUAGGACAGAUGGAGAAUUGGUUCUUCGUUUGCAUUGUGGGUCAUGAAUGAACUAUAUAUUUUUUUUUGAAAAAUCAUGUAUUUUCAAGAACAACUCUCAGGUUUCUGCUUUCCUCCAAGAUUUAUACUUUUAGCUUCACCAGGCCCAAGUGGCAGAUGUAAUAAAAUAAUGAAAUCCCAAUUACUUUUUCUUACCUACUUUCCAAUGAAUCACAACUUUACUUUAACUAUCAUGGUUAAGACUUAUAGCCUUAAAAAUGACAGCCAAUGUAUAUUAAAGUUCUUAAUGUGUUUAUAUUACAACCCUGACAUUUCCUGGACUGUAGCUGCCCAGCAGAAAGAGGAAUAUCUGUUACUAAUAAAACAUUUAAACCGUUAUUAGCUUGGUGCAAAGCCUAAAACAUACGCAAAUAUACACCAGACCUUAAAAGAUAUGCAAGCUCAUUCACAAGUUGUUGCUUUGUUUGAAAUCAUAAGCCACCAAAUUGCAUUCUCGGAGUUGCCACAAGGGGCGGUGUGGCUGGCUGUAGUGUAAAAAGUCAUUUGAAAUAGGAAAAGUUUUAGUUUAAUGAAGUCUCUACAACAGAAUUGUGCACGUAAAAUACAUUGGCUAAUCCAGUGGUUCUCUUAUUUUUCGGUGGUUUUAUUCUGCAAAAGUUAUGAUAAAUUAAUGUGUUUUAUUCUUUUUU